GUCUGUGUUACUUCGAGGUUUUUCUGCGAUUCCUAGUUUAGUUAUGCCACCCACCCAUCCUCGCUGCUAAAGAUCCACGCCUCACACACAAAAAAAGAUUUAAAUAGAGACAGCUAUGUUAAUCUCGAAAUGACAUAUUAUUUUAUUUCUAUUGGACAAAAUCAAUGUCAGUAUUUAUUGAGCAUAACAUAUUCCCCCCACCCCCACCCCAAGCUUUGGCUCGUCAAAAGAUUUUGUUCACCAGACUAGUAAAUGAUUCUCUCAAUCAAAUCAAAAUAUAUAUUUGGGCAGGCCCAUUUAGGCCUAAUUCCAUUUAGGGGCUGGGCUCCACUUUCGGAAACUUUAUUAUAAACGUAGUUUAAUGUGUGAAUACGCUUCGAAAUAUUACAGAAUCGAUCAUUAUGCGCAGUAACCAGGGUGCGGUCGAAAAUGCGAUCUUCGUUCGUUUGACAAAUUGGUGUAGCCUAGAUCACCAUGACGCCUAUUAGAAUGGUGUCUGCACGUGGUGUCUGUGUCUAAUCGUAAUAGGUGUUACUAAAAAUAGAAAUUCGGUCUUUCCAACAAAUAUCCUUGUUAUUCCCUAUUCUUCCGUUUAUAAAGAUUGCGACAGCUCCUGAUUCACAAUCUUUUACCAAGUCAAACAGCAUCUACAAGCGGCAACACCGAGUAUUAAUAGUGCUAUAUUUUGAGAAACCAUGAGCAAGGAAAAUAUAUCCGGAAAUAAUGAAGUUUCUGACUUUCUGAACAUGCCUUAUGUGAAGGUUGCUACCCAUGAACUCGCACUCCUGGUACGAGAAAUACAGAAAUCACAGAUGGAAAAAAAGCAAAUGUCUGAAUAUAUCAAACAUUAUUUUACAUCAAGCAACCAUCCAGAAAAAUUACCCCAAGUUGUUGACUCUCAGGACAAAAAUAAAUGUUCACAAAAUAUGGGAAAUUUAGUUGGUCGAGGGGUGAGAGGCUGUGAAAGUUCAGACAACGAACUGGAAGUGGACUGCGCCCCAGAAUUUCCAUUACCUAUAAAUAGAGAAUAUAAAUCUGCUCCUGAAUUAACUGGAAGCAAGUUCAUAUAUGAUGAAAGGAGCGUUGCAAUGGCAUCAUGUGAGAAUGAAACAUAUCCUAUUAUAUUAUCAUCACCCACAUCUACAUUAUUACCAAAGUUACCUUCAUCAGAUAGUAUCUUGCAGCCUAGAUUAAACAAUGUGGAUAUUGGGGUUUCUAAAAACUAUUUUGAUUCUGCCUUAGAAGAGUUAGCAAAGACUAAAGAACUGAAUUCACAUCUUAUAAGGAUAACAGAGCAAGAUCCUAGUUAUAUUAUGAAUUUGGUAAAGCUUCAAAGUCUGUAUGAUGAAACUGUGAGUGAGAAUAGGAGAAUGAGGAUCAUUAUUGAGCAGCAACAACUAUAUAAUGAAAACCCAGACCAACUGGUCUCUGAUUUGUCCAAAAAGGUUUCCCAACAAGAAAGACAACUGAGUUUACGUAAUUUAGUUUGUGAACAUCUUAAUAAACAGUGUGAUAUGUGGAAAGGAAAAUAUAAAGAAAGUGUAGAAAAAAGCAACAUAUUGUCCAAAAAAUUAGCUUCACUGACAGAUCCUAGUAAAAGUUAUUGUAAUACAGGAGUGCAAACACAAGAAGAAAGCACCCCAAAGUUUGAUGCCUUGUUAGAUAAUGACAACAACAACCGAACAGAUGAUGAAAUAUACAAGAGAGAAAGUUAUACACAUGAUGUAUCAUUAAUUAACAGUGAGGACCUUGAUACGGAUGAAGAAACAUCUGUCCAAAUAAUCCAUAAUCUUAACACAGAGAACGACCUUCUUAAAGAACAAUAUAAGGUUUUACAAGAAGAAUAUCAGAAAUUAAACUCUGAACAUGCCAGGGAAAAAGAUGUCCAAAGUGAAAGAAUGACACAUUUGAAUCGCCAGCUGUUUUCAUUAACUAUAGAGAAAAAUACAUUACAGAAUACUUUAAGAGACGCUUCAUUUAAAAGAACUAAAAGACAAACAGAAGAAGACAAGAAAGUAACCUCCUCAAUGCCUUCCACUUUAAAUACAGAGGAUAAUGUUCUUCUAAAAACCAUUAAGUUGAUCUCCUCCGAUAAAAAUAUUAACAGAAGUAUGGCUUUCUCAGAGUUAAAUUUUAAUUGUGAAGAAUCAUUUUUUAAGGCAGAUCAUGUAGAUAGGAUUAAAUCCCAACCCAGCUCUUGUCCAAUUAUUUCUAUGUUCCAACGCACACAACCGUCAAACAAAAACAAGCAUGAAACAAAUAUAUAUUAUUAGCCUUAUGUGUAUUAUUCGAAAUUUUAAAGUGAUAAAACACAUGAGCCAUUAUCAAAUUUUACUCUCAGACAGACAUUAAAAUAGUGACCUAAAGUAGUUAAAGUUCUUUGAUUUAAUACCCACAUUAAUAUCAGUACCUACCUUUGUUAUAUAUUUAAUAAUAUCUAUCCCAUUUUGUAAAGAAAAUCUAUAAAUUAUUUUUAUUUUAUCAAAAAAACACCUGUCAUCAGAAAAAUAUCAGGGGGAUGUAAUACAGUGGGCGCUAAAACUUUACUUUUAGCAGUAAUAGGUAUUAGAUACUAGAUGAUUGUGACUAAACUGGCGAAAAAAUCGAGAAAUGUGAGAAAUAAAAGAAGCAAAUUUAUGAUUAGCCUUUGUGCGAUUCAAGUUAGCUACUUUGUAGCAAAUUGAUUAUUUGAUAUAAGAGUAGGCCAUAGUGUCGUUGCCCAGGCAAAAUUUCCCUCAUAGCGCACAGUAUGGCUCAUUUUCAUUAGCCCAGUAGGAGCAGAACAGUAGGAUGUUAAAUCCCAUUUUAUUUCAUUUCAUAUUUUAAAUAAUUUUAAACUUACUUGAAUAUUUAUUCAUUUGCAUCAUCACAAGGCUGAGAAAGUUGCCCAGGAUUUUCCUGUGUGGUUUCCCACUGUCAGUGAUGCAAGAUGGUGGGCCAGUCAAGGAAAAGUGUCUAGCCAUAAUGUCACUUGUACAGUUUUGUGUAUAUGUAAAAGAACCCUUGACAGUCAGAAUUCGCAAAUAAGAGCAGGCAGUAGCACCGCAGUACGGUUAACACUGCAUGGUGUUAGAUUAGUUAGAACCCACUUCAUUAGACAUUACUGAUCAUAUAGGAUUAUAAUUGGAUCCUUUUUACAUUCUCACAUUGUUGUCCUGUCUUGUAAAUUUUAGAAUAAUUAUAAGGAAGAAUGGUUGUAGCAAAGAUUAUUUCCGGGUUUAACCUGGUAAAGUUUGCCUUGAUUAGUAUUACUCAUUAUUUCUUUUUAUGUAAUCUAUGUUUAGUCUUGAUGAUUCAGAUCUCUAAUUUCUACCUGUGUGAAGUUAAUAGGUUUGUUUAGUGAGAUUAGUAUGACUGUUUUCACUUUAAAAUUUUGCCAGUUGUUCAAUUUUUGACAUAUUGAGUUUACCUCAGAUUAGAUAGAUAUUUUAUUCAAAGAAUGUGCCAGUUUUUAGCAAGUUAAAACUUUAAAUUUAACUAUAUUUAUUGUGUUUGAAGAUUAAAUUCUUUGAAAUUCUAAUUAUGUGGCAUAUAAAUUGACUGGCAGGUAAGUUCCCUAGAUAGUCAAUUUGACUGCCAGUCAGUCAAAACUGGUAAAUAUGACUGAAACCAAAGCGGAGUAUAGCAGUCUUUUGAUCUCAACUACCUUACAAGAAACAGGUUUUUGAAAAAAAAAUGUUGUAACCAAUAAAUCAGGAUACAAUAUAGAGUGGUAUUUGAUUGAUCUAAUGCUAGAUUCCCACUAUCACAAUUCGCUACGAUUGAAAUCGUGGUUUUAAUCAUGAAGUAAUCGUGGUGAUUCUAUCAGGUCUUAUCAUAUAUUGAGGUCAGUCAUAGCAAUUGUGUUGAUUGUAAUGAAACUUAUACGAACGUAUCUGCACAUACCAGAUCAUGUACUCAAAAGGGAAAAUCCUAUCAUAACGAAUCGCACAACAGUGGGAACCUGGCAUAAGUUAGACAUUAUAUAUGGAUAUAACUACUUCUCUAUUAUUUAAUAACAACGUUUCGUAACACAUACAGGUCACGUUUUCAAGUUAAUUUGUACAAUUGUUUGGUUUUUUUUAUACAUAUGUUUAUUACAAUUGUUUCAAUAUUUUUUAAAUACUUGUAUAUAUUUGUUAGAUUGGUGUUAGACAGAUCAAAAUGUCAACAGUUUGUCAAUACCAAGUUUGGUGAUAUCCAUUGUAGUUUGUACGAUAAUAAAUCUAUAUAUGUAAAUAAUUUGAUCAUUUGUUUAUUAAUAAAGUACAUUUGUUUUGUUUAGUGAACAGUUUAAAUAGUUUAAUGUUGACUGUAAUUAUAAGACAGAUUUGUUUUAAAUAUUCAUUAAAGCUUCACUAUUCUAGGAAUUAAAUAAUAUUCUUUAAAUUCUAACUCAAAGGAACUUAAAAGUGUCUUCUACUUCUCAUGUAGGAUAGUGCAGAGUUUAUUUCCUCUAUAUUCAUAGGGUAAUUUAUCUGGCUUGCUUAUGUGCAGUUCACAGUUUAACAGUACAUAAGGAGUACAUAUUCACUAGAGAUCCGUUUCUACUUAAUUAAAAUUUCUCUUUGUUGUUAAUUAGAAACUUGAGGCUCUUUAAUAAUACUUAUAGUGAUGAUAUCUAGGAAAGAGAAAAACACAUAAUAAUUUAGUUAAAGCUGAUGGUACAAAUUAUAAUUAUAUAAAACUAAAAGUUCUGAUGAUUUUCAUACAUUUAUUCUUUUCGUGGGACUUAAAGAUGCAUUAUAUAAGAAUUAGAUAAAGAGCUAGCCAUUCUUGCUAUAAUAGUUCAAAAAUAGAUAAUGCAAACUGAAUAUAUUGAACAUUUCGUUGAAAUUACUCUAUUGUGAGGAAGAUAUUAGCCUUUGAAGGUUUGACAAGAUGUGUGCAUUAAUUAAACCACCGUACUGGUUGUUCGAAGCUAAGCCUCCUUCUAAAUUUUUAAAUUAAAUCAAAAUAAUAGCUGAACUCUGCUGAACCGUUCUAAUUAACUUAAUAUCGGAGAUAUCCAAUGGCAUCCAGAGUUGAUUAUGGUCUUGUCAUGUUAAUAAAUUUCUAAUAUAACAUUUCAGGCCUAAAUAAAGACCUGCAAUAGGCAGAUUUAGCUCUUGCAUAAUGUAUGUUUAAUAUAGCAGGCAAAUUUUCCAUACAAUGCUUUUGGUUAGGCCACAUGAAAAAAAUAUUCUGGUUCCCAGAUGUUCCUGUAUCACUUAAAAAGGGUCACGUAACCUGUUUUGAUUUUAAAAAAUAAAAAAUAAAGUCUCAUAAAUUACUGCACAAAUAUUUUACCCCAGUUAUAGUAUGACUGAAACCAGGCAUGUGCGGUAGGCUCAUUUAUCAAAUAUACAACCCUGAUAAAUGUUACUGUCAGUCAUACAUGAUACUGGUUAAUCUUAAAUUCCUAUAAACAACAGGAUGAGAUAAAUGUCAUGUAGCCAAGUAAUGAUCCUACGAUAAAAUAAAAACACAAAAAAACAACCUUUCCUUCUGCAUCAGAUUUUUGUUAAGGAUUGUCUAAGAACCAGUUUAUUUUUUUUUGCAUGGCCUUAGUUAUACAAAUUUUUUGCUUAAGUAGAAUGUAAUAGAAGUUCAAGGAUUGUAAUAAUAACAGUCCAUACUUGAUAUUAUUAUUUAUCAGAUUGUAAUUACAGUCCAUACUAUUAUGAUUUUGUUUUUAUUGAUUAUAAUUAUUUAAUGUUAUAUAACUACCCGAUAAUGUUUUCACAAAAUAAAAAGAUUA